CACAGGUGUUCCCCCUUACGGAUCAGUGUGCAGGACUGGAACCUAAUAAAUUGCAUUUCCGCGUGAAGACUUCUCCAACCUCAGAUUCAAGGUUUUGCUUCUCUGAUAACUAAAUUUACAAGAAGAAGUGGUGAGAUAAGUGGGUCUUGCUGGGAUGGAGCAGAAUCCCAAGACAGAGCUGAAUGAAAUCACCAUAAGCCCUUCCCAGUACCCUAAAGUAAAGGUGGAUGUGUUGCAAAUGGAGCAGGAGUUAAGCUUCAGGAAACUAGUAGAGAGUUCAGAGUGUCCAGAACAACUGAAAUACGACUUCAACAAAAAUGGUGAACUGAAGCAUCUAGAUACCAAUGAGCCCUUUGUCUUUAAUUAUUACAAAAAUGCACAUGAGAGUAACCAUAAACGCUAUCAAGUUUUGGGACACCUUAUUACACAGUAUGUUUAUGAGCUCCUGGAAAGAGUCUGCAAGCUUCAGAAAGUCCACAUCCCAACAGAUGCUACAGAAGAUGAACCCAGGAGUUUCUUUUUCAUCAGUGAGAAAGCAUUAACUAAUUCCUCAAGCCUAAUCGUGCUCCUACAAGACCGUGGAGUCUUUCGGGCUGGUCAAUGGGGGCUGAAGACCAUAAUCCAUGAGGGCCUGGACCAUGGAACUCAAAUACCAUUCAUUAAAACAGCCCUUCAAUGCUAUGGAGGAGUGAUUGUUUUAAAUCCCAAUGACAAUUUCAUUGAUCUGAAGAUGGAAGAUGAGUGGUUAAGUUUAUCUACCAAGGAAGAAUCUUCCACUGUAAAUUCCUCCUGGUGGAUCCCAAAGAGGUGCAGCAGCAGCUCCGAAGAGCACACCAUUUAUAUUUGGGAUAAUUUUAUUUCAAAGAGCGCAGCCAAGAACGUGGCCUUCAUUGCCCAUGGCUAUGGAGGCUUGGUUUUCAUCAACCUGCUCAUUCAGAGAACAUGGGAAGUGAUGAAUAAAGUGUAUUCUGUGGCACUUAUUGACUCCAUGCACCACACGUUACACCAGGUGAAAAAUAAUCCACAAGUGCAAGAAUGGAUACAGAAACAUUGCCGUGAAUGGGUAACAAACAGUAAACCUCUAGAUAGACCCACAGGUUCCCUUGUGAAAGUGGACUGUCCUACAGUCUCUGCUGGGACCGAAAAAUACAGUUUAGCACCAUCUUCCACCUUACAGGCCAUUUUCAAGUACCUGAAGAGCACACUGAAAGCUAAGAACACAGUAACUUUAUCUCGUUCUCCUAUUGUAACAAGGAGCAGUAAAAAUAAGAAGAGAGGCAAUACAUGCUGAAGUAUUUUUCAGGACUCUUCUCCCUCUUUAAAACCAUUCCAUGGAAGCUUGAAACUGAAGCUGCCAUGUUGGUUUCCUUGCACUGCAGAGUGAUUUAUAUUCCAUAAGGGUGGUAUCGCGUUUCUGAUUUUGAUUGUUGUUGAAAAACUAAUUGGGAGAACAAAUAAAGUUAUCACCAAACAUUAGAAAAGUUUGGUCUUUUCUUUUUGGAAGCUAAUUCUUGCAAUUUCAAAAAAAUAAUUCAUGGGAGCUUUAAACUUGAGCUCUGCUGUUAUUCCUGCACUUUAAAAUGGUAUAUAGUAACGGUGUUAAGGUGAGCCAGAGUUUACCUGUGUUGAUUCUGGAAGCUUAUGUUGUGAAGUUUGUGCGUAUCUAAGCUAAGUAGAUUUUGUCAGCAAAAAAACUAUAAAUUUCACUGUAAAGGGCAAUCUGGCAUAUGAGAUUAAUGCUAAAGACUCCACAAAUCUAACAUUAGCCUAUCCACUCACCUGGCAGUGCCCAGUAGUUCCUUAUAUAUUCCCCAAUAUUUUUUCCAGUCUUGUUUUGGAUGUCUCAAGCAUAGGGGCUUCUACCGCUUCCCUUUAGACAUUAGUCUGUCAUCUAAAGAUUCUUCACUGAACCAUACAUUACCACCUUCCUCCAGUCAGAGAAAUGAGAUAGUCUAAACAUAAUAUAUAGUGGACCAAAUUUAUUAUCAGUGUCACUCCAAUGAAACCAGUGAGAUUACUUUAGUAAUUAAUUUGGCCUCAUUUAACUCCUUUUCAGACUGAAUGAUUGCUGUGGAAAUACUGCAGUGUAGUUACCUGGACGAAUUAAAAAAAAAUAAAAACUUGGCAUAAAAAAAGCAACCUGUAAUUAAAAA